UUCAAUCAGAAACCACUUAAAACUCCAGACGAUUCAGAAGGGAAACUUCGGCGUGAAGUGCCGCCCCGCUCCGGCUCUCUCUAGCUCUCUCUCUCCUUCCCCGGAGCCUGAGGCGCGGGUCUCCCUCGCCCCGCCGCCCUGGUUUCUUCGGGAGCUCGCCGAAGCCGUCUGGGGUGCCGGAUCCUGCUGGGAGGUGGCCUGCAGCCGGGUAGUGGGCAGCGGCGAGGCCCCGUAGGAGCGGCGAGGCGGCGCCCAGGGUGGCAGUGCUCUGGGACCUGGCGGUGGGCGCGCGCGGGCGGGUCCCCGCGCCGGCUCGGCCGCUGCAGCAGCUGCGAGCGCGCCACGCCACCGAGCCUCCUGCGGCAAUGGCUCGUCCGUGAAACGCGAGCUGGCUCUGUGCCUUCCAGGAGAGCUUGCAUCCUUCCUUGGGGCUUCCCCACGGUCUUGGGUGAAAAUGGCUGUCUAGACUAAAAUGUGCCAGAAGGGACCAAGCGGUGGAUCUCGAGCCUGGUAAGCCCAAGUCAGAAGCUCCGAGACCCGGAGAAGGAGGAGCUCGGCUCUGAAAAGUGCAGUCAUGAAUUCUGGAGUUGCCAUGAAAUACGGAAACGACUCCUCGGCCGAGCUGAGUGAGCUCCACUUGGCAGCCCUGGCAUCACUCAAGGGAGAUAUAGUGGAACUUAAUAAACGUCUGCAGCAAACGGAGCGGGAACGAGACCUUCUGGAAAAGAAAUUAGCCAAGGCACAGUGUGAGCAGUCCCACCUCAUGAGAGAACAUGAGGAUGUCCAGGAGCGGACAACGCUUCGGUACGAGGAGCGCAUCACGGAACUCCACAGCAUCAUUGCUGAGCUCAAUAAGAAGAUAGACCGUUUGCAAGGCACCACCAUCAGGGAGGAAGAUGAGUACUCAGAACUGCGAUCAGAACUCAGCCAGAGUCAGCAUGAGGUCAACGAAGACUCUCGAAGCAUGGACCAAGACCAGACCUCUGUCUCCAUCCCUGAAAACCAGUCCACCAUGGUCACUGCUGACAUGGAUAAUUGCAGUGACCUGAACUCAGAGCUGCAGAGGGUGCUGACGGGGCUGGAGAAUGUCGUCUGCUGCAGGAAGAAGAGCAGCUGUAGUCUCUCCGUGGCCGAGGUGGACAGGCACAUCGAGCAGCUCACCACAGCCAGUGAGCACUGUGACUUGGCCAUCAAGACAGUCGAGGAGAUUGAAGGGGUACUUGGCCGGGACCUGUAUCCCAAUCUGGCCGAAGAGCGGUCUCGUUGGGAGAAGGAGCUGGCUGGGCUGAGGGAAGAGAAUGAGAGCCUGACCGCCAUGCUGUGCAGCAAAGAGGAGGAGCUGAACAGGACCAAGGCCACCAUGAACGCCAUCCGGGAGGAGCGGGACCGGCUCCGGAGGCGGGUUCGAGAGCUUCAAACGCGACUACAGAGCGUGCAGGCCACGGGGCCCUCCAGCCCUGGCCGCCUCACUUCUGCCAACCGCCCAGUUAACCCCAGCACCGGGGAGCUGAGCACAAGCAGCAGCAGCAAUGACGUUCCCAUUGCCAAGAUUGCUGAGAGGGUGAAGCUAUCGAAGACCAGGUCCGAGUCUUCGUCAUCGGAUCGGCCAGUCCUGGGAUCAGAAAUCAGUAGCAUCGGGGUAUCCAGCAGUGUGGCGGAACACCUGGCCCACUCUCUUCAGGACUGCUCCAACAUCCAGGAGAUCUUCCAAACACUCUACUCACACGGAUCUGCCAUCUCGGAAAGCAAAAUUAGAGAGUUUGAGGUGGAAACAGAACGGUUGAAUAGCCGCAUCGAGCACCUCAAAUCCCAAAAUGACCUCCUGACCAUAACGCUGGAAGAAUGCAAAAGCAACGCUGAGAGGAUGAGCAUGCUGGUGGGAAAGUAUGAGUCCAAUGCCACGGCCCUGCGGCUGGCCCUGCAGUACAGUGAGCAGUGCAUAGAAGCCUACGAACUCCUCCUGGCACUGGCCGAGAGCGAGCAGAGCCUCAUCCUGGGACAGUUCCGGGCGGCCGGCGUGGGCUCCUCCCCUGGAGACCACUCAGGGGAUGAAAACAUCACUCAGAUGCUCAAGCGCGCUCACGACUGCCGGAAGACAGCUGAGAACGCGGCCAAGGCCCUGCUCAUGAAGCUGGACGGCAGCUGCGGGGGUGCCUUUGCCGUGGCCGGCUGCAGCGUGCAGCCCUGGGAGAGCCUGUCCUCCAACAGCCACACCAGCACAACUAGCUCCACAGCCAGCAGCUGUGACACGGAGUUCACCAAAGAAGACGAGCAGCGGCUGAAGGAUUACAUCCAGCAGCUCCGGAAUGACAGGGCGGCAGUCAAGUUGACCAUGCUGGAGCUGGAGAGCAUCCACAUCGACCCGCUCAGCUACGACGUGAAGCCCCGCGGGGACAGCCAGCGGCUGGAUCUGGAAAACGCCGUGCUGAUGCAGGAGCUGAUGGCCAUGAAGGAGGAGAUGGCCGAGCUGAAGGCCCAGCUCUACCUCCUGGAGAAGGAGAAGAAGGCCCUGGAGCUGAAGCUGAGCACGCGGGAGGCCCAGGAGCAGGCCUACCUGGUGCACAUCGAGCACCUGAAGUCCGAGGUGGAGGAACAGAAGGAGCAGUGCACACGGUCCCUGAGCUCCACCAGCAGCGGCGGCAAGGACAAGCCUGGCAAGGAAUGUGCUGAUGCUGCCUCCCCGGCUCUCUCACUGGCUGAACUAAGGACAACGUGUAGCGACAGUGAGCUGGCUGCCGAGUUCGCCAAUGCCAUCCGUAGAGAAAAGAAGUUAAAGGCCAGAGUUCAAGAGUUGGUGAGUGCCUUGGAAAGACUCACCAAGAGCAGUGAAAUCCGACACCAGCAAUCGGCAGAGUUCGUGAAUGACCUAAAGCGAGCCAACAGCAACCUGGUGGCUGCCUAUGAAAAGGCCAAGAAGAAGCAUCAAAACAAACUGAAGAAGUUGGAGUCUCAGAUGAUGGCCAUGGUGGAGAGACAUGAGACCCAAGUGAGGAUGCUCAAGCAAAGAAUAGCUCUGCUGGAGGAGGAGAACUCAAGGCCACACACCAACGAAACUUCACUUUAAUCGGCACUUGGGCACCAAAGCUCUGCCUGUGGAAGCUGAACCCGAGCAGGUCACCGGGGAGAGAAGGGCCCCAGGAGACAGAGCACCUGGUGGGAGAGACAAAAGGGAAGGCCGGCAGGUAGGUCAGCACCUGCGCAAUGGAGUACCAUGGACUCCGCGCCGCGGACAAGUGGCCUGCUGACCCCGAGUGGACUGGAGCCAGAGGGUCCCGUUUCCUCCCCGUCUGGGCCCGGAGACAGUGUGUAAAGAGCAGGCCUUCUGCUUCCAGCGCGGGCAGCCCCCCGCCGGCCUGUUCUUUCCGGAGGCUGUGCGUCAGUGGUACCCUCGGCAUUUGUUUUAGAAGACCGUCCGUUCUGUUCUUUUUUUGGUGGUGACCGGAUCUCUGACAUCCCCAGUUUCUCGUCUUUCUUUCUCCUUCAGGGAUAAACUCUGACACAUGUGGGAGUGCGGAGGGGGUGUCUUCAGCUUCUAGAACUGCUGAUUUGCUUACUGCAACCAGGCUUUGGUUUUCGAGACCCACGUACCAGCUCUGAGACACAGGCUGUCGCUCAGAGGUGCUCUGAGGCGGAUGACAGGCGAUGGUGCGUAGGGGCCACAGUCCCCGAUACACUCGAAGUUACAGGUGGAGCAACCCCAGGGCUUCGGCCUGAACCGUUCUUUUUGGGAACAUGGGCACUUCUUUCACCUCUCACUGUGGAGGUAGGGCUGGGAAGGGCACUUUCUUUUGACUAGGGGAUUUUCCCUUCCAGUGGAGCCUUAUUAAAGCCAAGACUUAGAGCUGAGGUGGUCCUGUUAAUACACAGAGUGGAACUAAAAUUUUAUCAGGAGUUUCUUCAAGAGCAGGGGAGCACUGUUAGGACUUUUGCCCACCCGAGGGCUCUACAUAAUUGCUGUUCUGCAUGAAUCAAAAUUCAUCCGCAGGAAUACAUACGUAGCUGUGGACCUGCCUCUAUUUCUCUAAGGGCAAGAGGCAGGACACCGAGUAGAACGUCUUGCAGGCUGAGCCCACCUAUUUAAGAGACGGCUACGGAACCAUCAGUUCAAGACUUUGCUCCUGCUGUUAUGAAAGGCAGGGGGUAAAGGAAUGGUCCUUGGGACCUCCUUUUAUCCCGCCCCCCAAAGUGGAGGUUAGUAUACGGUACUUAAACAGGUUAAAUUUCAAGCAAAAUGCUGACAGGGCUGGGCCAGGACCAACGUACCUGAUGUCUUUCAGGAAGGCCUCCAUCUUAAAUUCAUUAUUCCAUCUCCUGUCUUUCACUUCUUCUAUAGUUACCCUACACUGAUACAUUGUAAAGGACCACCUGCCUUUCGUUCUGUAGUACUUGAAGACCCACCCGAAGUCCCCUGAGAAUUCUAUCCCAGAGUUCACAGUUCUGUUUAGGACCAGGUCACCACCUUAGAGUUCCAACGUCCAUGUUUUCAGACAACCGGAUAGAAGUUCCUCAGCUGCCUUUGCCCUGGAGAAGGCCACUCCAGCCACCACCUGGAGGGCAGAGCAGUUCGAGCAGUUCUAUCCCAAAAGCAACCACCCUUCUUUCUUAGGCCAGCAGUAAGGCUGCCCAUCUUCCCAAAAAAGUCACCAAAAACCAAAAAAAACCGUUGCCAGUCUGGAAGGACCAGCUUUUGGCUGGUUUGAUCACUGUGUAAGUGCCCACCGGCUCCUGUUUCUGUUAUGGAUCUUCCAUUUAGUCAAAGUUGGUUCUUGUGAUUUAUUUUUAAUCAAUUUUUACUCUUUGGAUAGUUUCAUUUUGUCAUAAGGAAAAUGUGACUGAAAAAGUUAUAUGCAAAAAAAAAAAAGCUUAAAAGACAAAAUACUAGUUUUCCCCAUUUUUCAGUUUGCCGAGGGGAAGUAUUUGUGACUGAACAGACAUCAAAACAGCUUUCAUCUUCACCAACACUGAAAAGUAUAGCUGACACAGGAAUAUAAUCCUGUCUGCUGACUUCUGUCUACCAUUCUUGGUCCAGCUUAAAAGAAAACUCACCCUUUUAGCAUCAUGUAACUCUUCCAGACCCAAGAGGUCUCAGCUCCUCCAUUAUAAGCCCCAGUAUUACUGACCCUACCUGGCCUCCUUUCGAAUUUAUACUUCAAUAUAAUACUUUUAAAUAUGUGGUGAUUGGGUGAAAACUAUUUCCCCAGAAAAACUGUUACUUUCAUAAAUGUGUGGAAUAAAAACAAGCAAUUAAAUAGUUGAUUUCCUUUCCUUGUAUUUUUCAAAUACUCCCUAAGACAAGAUCCUUGUUGAAGGUGAACCAACAGGCAUUUGUUUAUGCUAAUUGUGGGGCCCACUAAAACCACAUUGAUUAAAUAACUGCAGGUACCUGAAGACUUUUUUUUUUAUAACCUGAGUUUUUCUUUUUAAAUAGUAGCUGGUUUAUAUUAACCUCUCCAUCAAAGGUAAACAAUGAUACUGAUUUAACUUGUAUGAGGUUAAAAGUCUUCAGACUUCCUUCCAUGUUUUUGUUUUCCACUUCCCUCAAUGGUUACCUCUUUUAGGCAGUCACCUUCUCUGUUCCAUCUUCGGCUCUUAGAGAAACAGGCAUGGGAAGAAAGGAUCCAUUUCACAGUUCCCUUGGAGUGUAUUUCCCACCGCUGAAUUAAGGUAAAAAUCAUAGGCAAGAGAGACUUCGUCUGUAGCUGGACUAGCAUCAGUGUGUGGGCCUACCAACUGAUCUGAUGUUCUGCCCAAGCCCGUCUGCACCAGCUACCAAAACUGCUAUGGACUCGCAGGUGGUUAAGAUUCCUCUUGGAGACUUAAGAUACUUAAUCAUAAAUAACUUUGGGUAUUAAGUGAUCAGACAGCUGAGAUUGAUCAAGCCCUUCCUCUCCUGCUCCAGCCGCAGAGGUACACUAGCUGUUUCAUCAUUGCCAAUGCAGGUAAUUAACUGUUUCAGAUUCAUGCUCACCUACAAGCAUGUCAGCUUUCUGAAGUUAACAUCCAAGCUGCCCGAAACUGGAACGUUAGGUUAAUAAAAAAUUAAGUGCCAGUUAAACAUAAUUGCUUAAUUCUCCUUUGAGAUGCUUGCACUUGUUGCUAUGUCUUUCUCUGAGAACUUUAAAUGAGCCUUGACAUUCUGACUACUCCAGAAAGGCGUCCAAAUUAGAGCCUAUAUGAUUUCUUCUUAAAAACUGUUAAAGUAGUAAAAUCCUGACUAGCCUCAUCCUAAGAAAAACUUGAAACUGUAUGAAAAUCUCCUAGUGCCUACCUGCAUAUCGAUUAUAUUAUUUUAAAAGAAAAAAACACCCCAUAGUUUUACCUCAUCUGGACUGUACUAUGCCACUGGCAUGAGUUAGGAACUUCUAUAGUUGCCUGUUCCCUUCUAAAGGUGUUCUACGGCCUCUAAAGUUAUCCUGCAAUUAUUUUUAAACUCUAUCAAUUAUCUUAAAGCUCUCGAGAGUUUGGGGUGUCAUGUUCAUAUUUUAAGUAGUGAGAAAGACAACCAGACUACAGAAAACACCCAAAGGAUCCCUAAAACUUUCAAGCCAUUAGCAAACGCCUAACUGGGAGUUACGUCUCCUCCAUGAAACUAUGUAAAGCGAAAAGAUCAUGCUAGGUUUAUAGCUGUACCUGUAUUUCUAGAUGCAGCAGAGAUAGAACAUUUUUGGAGGCCAAAAGGGAGAGAAUUCUCUGAUGAGUGAAAUUUCUGCAUUGAAUUGAAUUAGGGUGCAGUCACAGGGUUGCCAAGGUUUUUUUUCUGCAGUGACAGCUUUGUAGAACCAUAGUAUUAAAAAAACUCAAAAAAAAAAAAAAAAAGUCCUAGAGCAAAUAUUUUUCUAUUUAUCUAUGUGGAAUGGCCUAUUUGACAAGAAAUGAUACAAACUCUACUUGCUGCCCACCUGUUUUUCACUGAGGUUUAUCCAAAUCCUAUUGUUUCAUUGAAACCUUGUGUUUAUGUAGGCCAGGCUGAAGUCAGCUAUGAAUCUGUGGCCUUCUGAAGUUCCCUGUUUCACACACUUGAAGUUACUUUCUAAUAGAUAUGUGUCUUCGGCUGCCAAGCACUGACUUUUUAGAAUUGGACCCAGAACUACCAAAGUAAUGCUGACCGCUGCCACCGUGUCAUCACUGAGCACUCGAGGGCUGUUAAAAUACGAACAAGCUGAAAAGCAGCUGUACCUGCACUCUUGUUUUACCAAUUCCUGUAUAGAGGAAGACUGUUUCACAUACAAUGGUUGCAUUUUUGAUUGAGUUAGAUUGGAUAAAUUCUCUCACACUGCAUCUGAGUGAGCUCUUGCAUGGGACCAAGACAAGAAAUCAAUCUGCCCGUAACAGCAACUGCUAUUGAGUAACUAGAUCCUUGACUAAUAGUGCUUGAUUUUUCCAUAGUCAAGGUUGCUACACAUCACUCAUCCACUGAUCAUCUGAAAUACCAGCUUAGCAGAAUGAAGAAGCAAGCUAUAUACAAAAUUCCCUCACAUUCACACCGAUGACCUACUUUUAGUUAGUGCUUGCUGUACCUUUCACUUCUGCACUUUCUGCAGAUCAAAUCCAUGUGGAAAAUGUUGUUCGUAGAACUCACAGAAUUCACUAAGAGUGCUCGUGUCAACGACUGCCAAAUGAAUGAGAGCCCCUAAUAAUCUGCUUUUGUUUGAACCUAAUGCAAAGAUGACACAUGUUCUUUUCUAUUCCUAAUCAGUUUCUAGACAUAUUAAGACUUAUUUACUUUGCAUGAGAUUUAAGUUUCCUAUUAUUUGAAAAUUGUGCUCCUUUUAAACCACUUGAAUUAGAAGAACCUGCUUGAAUGUACGGUCAGUUAUUAAAGCACAUGUGACUAAGUUUGCAUUCGUCAGUAUUGUUCUACUGUUUGUACCGAAAGUCUCAUUUUAAAGUUGCCCCUUAACACUGUACUAUACCUUGUAAUUUUUUAGAUUCUUCACUUGUAUGCUUUAAAUGUUUCCAGAUGCCUUUAGUUUUAGCUGCUGUAAAAUAGCUACUUUGUGUUAUUUGAUAUAGAAUUGUUUAAAAAAAAAAACUCCAUUUAUUUAUACAGAGACAUUUAUAAUAUUUUACAAACAUUCUUAUAUUCUGAAUAAAUAUUUCUA